CUGAUGUCCAUUCCGCUGGCAGAGAGUUCUCUGCUGUCCGGAGCGUCACUGUACACUGUACAUAUAUGCGUGCGGUGCAUGCUGGGAGCAGGACCACCGGCUCUGGGUUCGACAGUAAAGGCGACUGACCAUUCGGAUUAUACUCGACCUUUUUUAUUUUAUUUAUUUGUUGUUUUUGUUGUUGUGGUAUACCUGAGAAAAUCAACGUACCAUCAUGUCGGGGGCUCCGCAUGACGUCAGCAAACUUACGGAGUUGACUUAUAAGAAUGUGAUGGAACAGUUCAACCCCAGUUUGAGGAACAUGGUCAACCUAGGGAAGAGCUACGAGAAGUCAGUCACAGGUAUGACCUUCGCUGGAAAGGCCUACUUUGAUGCCAUCACGAAAAUCGGGGAAAAUGCCACCAUGUCUCCAGUGUCCAGGGAACUUGGGAUUGUUCUAAUGGAGAUUGCAGAUGUCCACAAGAAGGUCCUUUCUGAGAUGGAACAAAAUCUUAAGAGAUUUCACAGAGAAGUUCUUACUGAGCUGGAGAAGAAGACAGAAAUGGAUGUAAAAUAUAUGAACGCCACAUUCAAGCGCUAUCAGUCGGAACACAAGCUGAAACAGGACUCCCUGGACCGUUCUCAGACGGACCUAAAAAAACUGAGAAGGAAAAGCCAGGGAAAAAACGUGUCCAAGUAUGAAGUGAAAGAAAAUGAGUACAUAGAGACCAUCUCAUCGCGCCAGAUGGACAUGCAGAAGUUCAUCGCCGACGGCUGCAAAGAGGCUCUGCUGGAAGAAAAGCGACGCUUCUGUUUCCUAGCCGACAAACACUGCAUGUUCUCCUAUCAUAUCAGCAACUUCCACGACAAGGCCAAAGAGCUGCUAAACGAGAAGCUCCCCAGCUGGCAAGAGAUGUGCUGUGACAUUAGCAAGGUGCCCGACACGGUCAAAGUCAUGAUAGAUGGACUUUCCACCAAUCAAGAGCAGUCGCCGCUUGUGGAGCGCUACAACAGGAACAGGGUUGAGUUUCCGCCUCCCGCACCACCAUUAAAGGCCCAGACCAGUCCACUCGCUAACAUGUUCAACCCAGAGCCAAGAUCUUCUAUCACCUCGUCUUCAGAGUAUAACUCAGAUCAAGGGAGCCUGGGCGAAGAUGGUCUUUCCCGGUCUACAUCCCAGCUGCCAGGUCUCAAUGUGGCCAAGAGGUCCCGGGUCAGGACCAGCUUUCCACACUCGGCAGGAAACAACAGCACGCUUCUCAGCUUUGACGAGGGCGACAUGAUCACCUUGCUCAUUCACAAGGAAAAAGACGGUUGGCUUUACGGCGAGCUGGAGAAGACUCAACAGCGUGGUUGGUUCCCCUCAUCCUACUGCAGACCUUACAGUGAACCUAUGAUAUUGAACAGCAAUUUCGGGACACCAUUGCGCAGUCCGAGUGUUGCCAGUCUUCCUGAGAUGGGGGAGGAGGAGCCUGUUUUACUGCCGCCACCAGACUACUCUGACGACUUCCCAUCGAGUACGAUGAUUUCUUCGACGCCAUCGCCACAGAACACGGUUUCUCUUGUAAAUGGGACAGCAAAGGCUCCAUUUCUAGGAGGAGGUAAUCCCUUUGCGACCGUCAGGCUGAGACCCACCGUCACAAAUGAUCGAUCAGCACCGGCCAUUUAAACACAUAACUGAAAGGUGUUGCUCUCAUCAGGGCAGUAAUGGUACCCCUGCAACGCAACCAAAACUGUACCCUAAACUGGACAUCUUACCAGCUUGCAAAAGGGAUUUGAACAUAGUAGCAUUUUACUGUGACACCAUACGGACUGUUUAAAACCACAUUAUUUUUGCAAAUCCUUGUGUUCAUGUCAAAUAAUGCAAAAAUGUUUCUCAUGAUGAAAACAGUGACUAAAAUGUGACCCCUGACUGAAUGAAACGUUUAAAGUAAAAGUGUCAAAUAUCACCCUCCAGCUAUGGACUUCUUUGUAAAUAACCAUUAUUAUAGUACAAACUGAAUUUUGAGCCAGUCCAAAAAGUAUAAUGUGUAUCUGCAGUUGUAUGAGAGAAUGUGUAGGUGAAAAAGAAGGAAAAAAACAUUAAAAACUAAUGAUAAUAAAGAUAAUACAAAAGUGUUUUUAGUAUUUUUUGUGCUGCAGUUAUUGCAGUGAUAAAAACAUAUUUAUCAUUGUUUUGACCUGAUCCCGACAAGAACAACCAGCUUGUCCUCCUGGCUUGCAGAAAAAACUAAUUCAUAUUUCUAUUUUUAAUAUUUGUAGUUUUUUUAAGAGAGGAUGUGGGAAUGAAGGGAGCGUGCUGUGUUGAUGAGGUUUGUCAUUUGAGAAGUAUGUCACUGUAAUAAGAAGGUUUUAUAUUUAUUAGCUAGAUGUUAGUAAGAGAUAUUUAAACAAAUGUGUGUUAUGUCGAUUAGUUGUCAUGCUGAGCUUGGUUUUAAUUUGACUGCCAGUUUUUAAUUGGAUAACAUUUUGAUGAAGGGAAUUUUUCACACCUCAUGAUUUGGCUGUUGGAUGUCGGGCCAUAGUUUUGAAAUAUCCCAAAGUUUAUGUCUAUGGAUGUUCUCAUUCAUCCAGGUCAUUGUAAUCUCAGGGCCUUACAUCGAUUGCAACUUUUGGUUUGUCUGAGAAGACGUUACUCCUCUCAUCCAGUAGGCUUCAUCAGUUCAUGCUCAUAGACUUAGACUGGUCAGGUCUAGUUAUGGAGUUGAAUUGUUCGGAUCUUAUCUAUCAACUGGUGCCAAAACCCCAUAUAUUUAUAAGCCCAUACCAGGAUGGUGUGCCUGGGCAAGGAUAGUAUCGCCCUAUCCGAGUAAGACAAACCACUGUUGAGCUGCAAAGAAGCAAGUCUAAUGUCGAAGCCAAAAACAGCUGUUGAAUCAAAGUCUAAGACUAGAUCUGACCAGUCUAUGACCACGAACUGAUGAAACCAACUUGGAUGAGCUGCCUAACGUUUUCUAAGACAAACCAAACAGUCCAGUUACGAUCGAUUGAAAGCCCAAAAGUUGACUUUGUAGGGAUCUUUUCUGACAUGUAUUUUUUUGCUAUACGGAAUGUUUAUUGUAUGAUAAAUAAGUGAUCAUACUGACAGUUAUUCCUCAGUGCCUCGUUAAGUGUACCUUGUCAUUGUGUUCACAACGCAGCCUUUUUUUUCCUCAAUAAAACGUGAAACUGUCUACGUA